AGAAGGUCACUCUAGAAAGUUCACCUGCAGAAGCUGAAGUAGAGCGGCGUUCAAUUUUGGCUACGAAUCUCUUCAAAGCAGAGGGCUUCAGUGAGGGAGCUUACUUGCUUGGUACAGCUGUAAAACAUGAAUCCAAAUGAAUCUGCAAAGUCUCAUGCCAAACCCGAUAUCAUUCUGACUGGGACUGCAAAAACAUGUCCAAUUGGACCGCCACUUGGUUUGGUUGACAUAGGCAGUAGUGAUAAUGCAUAUAUUUUUCGUGUUGCGCUUCCUGGUGUAAGGCAUAAAUGUAAUAUCCAAUUUGACAUACAGAGAGAAGGGAGAGUCCGGAUAGAAGGUGUGAUUACAGAGAGUGAGGCUUUGAAAAACUCACUCAAGGGUUAUGAGAUGAAAGUUCAGCAGCUUCCUUCCCCUGGGCCUUUUACCAUAUCGUUCAAUUUGCCAGGACCUGUUGAUCCCAGAUUAUGUUCCCCGCAGUUUAGAACAGAUGGCAUUUUGGAAGUCAUCGUGAUGAAAUAUCAGAUACCUUUGGUUUCAGCAGAAGGUUUGCCUGAGAAUUGGUACAAUGGCUCUUUCCCAGCUCCUUGAAUUCUAUUUGGUCCACAAUCCCUAUGACACAUGAGAAUCCUACUUAUUCCACAACUCUUGUAAUGAAUAUAACAUGGCAUCAGCAACGACUUCUCAACUUCUAGGUAACCAUACCUGUACACCAAGGGAUUUUGCAUUAUAUGUUCCAUUUUGGCAAUGUUGACUUGUUUUUUGAAUCAAGUGUACUUUAUGGCAAAAAAAACAAACUUGGGAGUAUUGAAUCCAUCUUUAUUAUGGUCUAUGUUUUCUGUCUUUUCAUCAACUUAUUGUGAGUCCCCUAUUUGCCUGAAUACUGGGAAAACCAUGAAUGUAAGUCUGUUGAUGUCUCGAGCAAA